UUUGUGGCAUUCCAUAUAAAGUAUUUAUAAAUUUUAGUUAGAGGUUACAUCUGAAAAAAAUUAAGGAAAGAGCGAGGGAGGUUGCAACUGUUUUCUCCAUAGCCUGUUUAAUCUUCUAAUAGAGAAGGUAUGGGGAGAGGAAAAAUUGUGAUUCGAAGGAUUGACAAUUCGACGAGCAGGCAAGUGACCUUUUCGAAGAGAAGAAAUGGGUUGCUUAAGAAGGCUAAGGAGCUAUCAAUCCUUUGUGAUGCUGAGGUUGGACUGAUUAUCUUCUCUACCACCGGCAGGCUUUACGAUUAUGCUAGCGCUAGCAUGAAAUCAGUUGUCGAUCGUUUCAACAAACUGAAAGCAGAGCAUCAUCAACUGCUGAAUCCUGCUGCAGAAGUCAAGUUUUGGCAAAGGGAGGCAGCAAGCUUGAGGCAACAAUUGCGGUACUUGGAAGAAUGCCACAGGCAGUUAAUGGGGGAAGAACUUUCUGGUUUUAGUGCCAAAGAUCUACAGAAUUUGGAAAGCCAGCUGGAGAUGAGUUUGAAAGGUGUCCGGACAAAAAAGAACCAGAUAUUUAAUGAUGAAAUAAAAGAACUGAACCAGAAGGAAACUUUCAUACAUCAAGAAAAUAUAGAACUGUAUAAGAAGCUAAACCUCAUAAGUAAUGAGAAUGAGGAACUGCAAAAGAAGGUUUAUGAAGCAAGGGAAGUGAAUCGAGGAAACAAAAGUUCCCAGCCUCCAUAUAGCAUCAGUAAUGAAUAUGAUUUGCAUGCACCCAUUCAUCUGCAGCUAAGCCAGCCACAGAAUCAGACUCAGCCUGGGCCUGGUCCUAAGAACAAUGAAGUACCAGCAAAAGCAAUAUAUAACCCCUCUAAAGUAUUACAACUGCAUUAGCAAACCUGUUUCACAGUUGUGGAUCACCAUGUCAUAAUGCAGAAUGCAGACAACUUGCACCGCAGUGAAAGCCAAUCUUCUAGGAGUGAAAUGUCAUACUUACAGUAAAUGUAUCCAACCGAAGGACCAAAAGCUUUGGUACGAAAUGUUCUGUCAAACAAACUUCGCAUUUCUGUAAAAGAAUUAGACAACCAGUGUGUAAGUUUAUACCAUAUGGGAGAGAAUUGUGUCAGGACCAACUUUUAUCUGCAUUAAAUAUGUGUUGUGACCAAUCAGAUAACAAUUGUCAAUUGUUAUACCUAUAUUUUAUUUUAACGAAUAAAACAUCUUGAACAAGAUGACUUUCAAACUGA